AUGAACAUGGAGAUUUAUGCUGGUGAAGUUUAUCAAAAUGUUCUGAUCAUGUGUUGGUUUCUCCUCAUCAUAAGUUUCACAGAAUCAGAUAAAAUAGUAUGCCAUAAUACCUCAGUGAGGGCCAAAGACCCUUUCGCUCACCUGCCCAAGAGUACCUUUGUGUUGGAUGAGUUUAAGUGUAAGUACUCCAAUGAGGACACCCUCUCUGUGGCGCUGCCAUAUUUUUGGGAGCACUCUGAUAAAGAUGGCUGGUCCCUGUGGUGUGCUGAGUACCGCUUCCCUGAAGAGCUCACCCAGAACUUCAUGAGUUGCAACCUUAUCACUGGGAUGUUUCAGCGAUUGGAGAAACUGAGGAAGAAUUCCUUUGCUAGUGUUAUCUUCUUUGGAACCAACAACAGCAGCUCCAUUUCUGGUGUUUGGGUCUUCCGAGGCCCAGAGCUUGCCUUUCCGCUGAGUCCAGAUUGGCAGGUGGACUAUGGGUCGUAUACAUGGCAGAAACUGGAUCCUGGGAACAAGGAGACCCAGACCCUGGUUCGAGAGUACUUUUCCUGGAAGGGGACCUUUCAGCACGUGGGCAAAGCCAUCAAUCAAGGCAAGAUCUUCAAGUGAACAAGUCUUGCCAGUCGCCUAGCUGCCUGCACCUACCCUCCAAGGGAGAUGGGGGUCAUUAAAGGAAACUGAACAUUGAAAA